AUGAAUUGUUUAGUUCCGUAUCGUUUAUUACAUUUAGUGAAUGGAAAAGCUCCAAGUGCUGCUGAGAUAGAAGCUCUACUUAAGACCAUUGGUGCUUCAGUAGAUACAGAUAAGAUCAAAGCUCUUAUGGAGAAGGUAGAAGGAAAAUCACCAGAAGAACUUAUCCAACAAGGUAUGUCUAAAGUUGCCGUUGCCGCUGCUCCUUCAGCCAGUGCUUCUACCACUACUACUGCUACUACUGCAGUCCAAGAAGAAUCUGAAGAGUCUGAAAGUUCAGGCGAGAUGGAUCUCUUUGGCUAA